GCCGAAAGUGUUUAUCUGAUGUAGAAAAUACAUUAAGUUGUGAUGUAGAUGCCAGCAGAAGGCCCGUUCUCCUUUUUUCUGCCCACUGGGAACAGGUUUUUCAAGUUACUGGGCAAUAACAUCAUGAAAUACAAUGGUUAUAUAUCAUAGCAAUCACUUAUGUGCUUGAGAAUACCUGUAUGCUACCAUUAAGCACAGAAUGGCAGAAACGACAAUUGCUGAGCCAAAGAGUUUUGACACUGAAGUUUAUAUGGAACACAAUGAGAGCGAGUUGAAAUUCCUUGAUAUACCAUGGGAAGAUGUGGUGUUCAAGUACAUUAUGCCUUGCCUUCCUCUCCAGACAAAGUUUCAGAUGAGGAGAGUUUCCAAGCAGUGGUUAGAGAUGGUCACCCUGUAUUUUAGCAUUAACAAGACAGUAAAUACUUGUCGUAUUGCUAACAAAAUGACAGUAGGUGCUCUGUCCAUCAUGACAAGAAACAACUCAAGUCUUCAAGAUCUUGUAUUGCGCAACUCUAAAGAUUGGCUGACUGAUGCUGUAUUAAUGCCUGUUUUAAAACAAAAUCCCAAGCUUCAACAAAUGGAUAUUUCCAAUUGUUCUUUUGUGACUAAUAGUUCUCUCCAAGUAUUGGGAGUAAACUGUCAGAAUGUGAAAGUUGUCUCCCUUAGUGACUGUCACUGGGUCAGUGUUGAUGGAUUGACAGUGUUAGCCAUGCAAUGUGUCAAUUUAGAAAGCCUCGAUCUCACUGGAUGUUGGGGUGUCAAUGAUGAAGCAAUCACACUUCUUGCCAUACGUUGUAAAAAGUUGAGGUAUUUGUCAAUGGCCAAAAUCUAUGGACUCACAGAUUAUGCAAUGGCAAUUCUGGCCAGAGAGGCCACUUCAUUAUGUCACCUUAAUAUUAGGGGAUGCUGGAGACUCUCAGAUGAUUCUAUUGGGAUUCUAGCAGAAUAUGCCAAAAAUCUGAAAGCUUUAGAGGCACGUGAAUGUAGAGAUAUUACUGAAAACAGUCUGUAUAAGCUCCGAAAUAGAGGAGUCAAAAUUGACGUUCGACCACCACAACCUCCCAGAGGACUGGCAGGGCUCCGGCACAGAAAACCGUGUCUGAACAUACAGAUUUAAAAUUGUUCAAUUUUACAAUUUUAGCUCAUCUCAACAAAGUUGGGGGAGCUUGUGUAAUGCCCUUGGUGUCGGCGUCCCAAGUUAAAGUUUUUGGAGCAGAUUUCUUUUCAAGUACUUCUAUGCCCUGUAUUAAUCAGAGAUGCAUGGAGGAUGCUUCUAGUGUGUUUCAUUAUACCAGUCAAGGUUUCAGAUGCUGCAAAUUCAGCUAAAGAAUGACCAGGUUAAAGUUUUUGGAGCAGAUCUCAUUUCCAAGUAACUAUAAGCCCUAUGUUGACCAAACUUGCAUGGUUGAUAAACUAAGGAUGCACAGGCUUGCUACGGAUGCUCGAUCCGACCUACAUUUUCCGGAUCUUAUUUCCAAGAAACUAUAAGCCUUAUAUUGACCAAACUUGCAGGGAUGAUACACCUAAGGAUGCACACUACAGGACUUGCUUCGGAUGCUAGAUCUGACCUACAUUUUCCGGAUGAGUGACCAGGUUACAGUUUUUGGAGCAGAUCUCAUUUCCAAGUAACUAUAAGUCCUAUGUUGACCAAACUUGCAUAGAUGAUACAUCUAAGGAUGCUCAAUACUGGACUUGCUUCAGAUCUGGAUCUAACCUACAUUUUCCGGAUGAGUGACCAGGUUACAGUUUUUUGAGCAGAUCUCAUUUCCAAGUAACUAUAAGUCCUAUGUUGACCAAACUUGCAUAGAUGAUACAUCUAAGGAUGCUCACUACUGGACUUGCUUCAGAUCAGGAUCUGACCUACAUUUUCUGGAUGAGUGACCAGGUUAAAGUUUUUGGAGCAGAUCUCAUUUCCAAGUAACUAUUAGCUAUAUCUUGACCAAACUUGCAUGGAUGAUACAUCUAAGGAUGCACACUGGACUUGCUUUGGAUGCUGGAUCUGACCUACAUUUUCCAGAUGGGUGACAAGGUAGAUUUUUUUUUCACUUUACUAAAUCUGUGCCAAGAAGCUAGUCAUAAUUUAAUAUAAAUUUCAGUUCCCCCUUUUGGUAGAGAAAUGUACAGUUUGAAAAAAAAAACCAAACAUGAUGUUGACAUCAUUGUAUCAUACACAAGUGGGCAUCACAGCCCUUGGUCUCCAUAGUAUACUAAAUUAUUGUUAAAUUGUUGUAUUUUAUCUGUCUAUUGCAAUUGUUACCAAUUAAGAACUGAUGAUCUUUACAAGCAAUUGAAAAUUGUAUUUUGUGAAAAUUUAUCAUUUAAUAUUUUUAUUUUGAAUAAAAAUAUGUUUACAU